AUGGGCAUCGCGUCGAAAAUGGCGGCCCUAGCCGGACCCUCCCAGCCGCCACCCGCUUCUUCCUCAUCCAAUCCCUUCUCCGACACCGGCCCUACCUCGACAUCCUCCUCCACCACAGCUCAAGCCCCGCACCAUCAGACCACGGCGGAUCCUUUCCAGUCGGACAUCCCGGACGAAGCGCCACCUGCUUACACCCCCGCGGCAGCAUCAGGUGAUGCGCACCUCGCGGCCGGCCCAAACCGGAUGGACUUCUCGGGACCUCCACCGAUGUCCCAGUCUCCUGCGCCGAAUCGUCUGGAGAACCAGAUUACAGGCGUAGGAGUGGGAUACGGCCCUCGGAGGGAUCAUGCGGGCGGAGGGGGAUUCGGUUCGCCGAGCGGUCCUCCACCAGCACCGACCAUGCCGCCCAAGCACCCAACUCAGAACUAUGCCCAAUCGCCAUCUGGAGGUCAUAGUCGGCCGCCUCUGCCGAUGGCAGGAGGAGCUGGACCAAGCUCGCAGGAUGUGACGCCGACAGAGGUGGCGACGCCGGGACGGCCUCUAUUGCGGAAUGGGCAGUUACUGGUCUAUCCCAAGGGGUUCAUGUGUCACAAGUGUGACAAUACAGGCUACAAGAAUUUCGAUCCCAGCAAUCCGCACGAUACGGACUGGCGAAAGUACGGCAAGCGUUACACCGGCGCUCUCGCGACGUCAUAUACCCAGUCUUUCGAUCCAAGGGCGAACCCCUCGACUCAGUCCGCCCAGAACUUCCAGCGGCCCCUCCCUCAUCUCGGCGGACCAGGGCAACAAGCGCUCUGGCAUCCCCAGGGACACGGCGUAUGGGAUCAUCCUGGCAAUCACCGACCUCCACCUCCUCCGAUGCAGCAGCAUGGGUCAUUCGGACCCGGUCCGAUGAUGCAUGGGCCUCCGCCACCGCCGCCGGUGAUCAUGAAUGGGGGCGGGUGGGUUCCUGCGAACGCGAUGGUGGUACAUCCUGGAGAUCCGAGAUUGGGUGGGAUGAUAUGUCGGAGAUGCGGCGGAGAUGGUCGAGAGCAAGACUGGCUGGGCUUCGAUUCAGGAAAGUGUUGGCAGUGCAGGGGAGUGGGGCGGGUAUUCUGA